CUGCUAAAAAAUGACGAGGGAUCAAAAAACUCCAUUUAAUUAUUUAUUUUAUAUGUUAAGUAUUUUUGUUGCCGGUUCAAUACUUUUUCUUGUAGGAUUCUUUCCAAUAUCGAAAAAACUAAUUGUCGAAGUUGGUCAACAACACUACGAUAGUAUUCAAGCCAACAAAUUGGAUGAGUACAUACUACAGCCACCUUCUCCGAAGUAUGAUAAAAUCGUGUUGAUGAUAAUUGAUGCCUUGCGAUCUGAUUAUCCCAAUGCUACCAAUAUGCCUUUUGCUUACGAACACUCUUGUAAUCAUUUACUAAUAAGAGUUGAUAUACCAACUGUAACUAUGCCUCGAUUAAAAAGUAUGACCACAGGAACGAUAUCAAAUUUUAUUGACAUUGUUUUAAAUUUGGGUCAUACCUCUGAACUGGAAGACUCAAUAUUGCAUCGAUUAUUCGAAACAGAUAAGAGGUCAGUGUUUGCUGGAGAUCGUACAUGGAUUCAGUUAUUUCCCAACAAAUUUCUAAGGGCAGUUGUGAAUACAGAUUCGUUUUUUGUAAAUGAUUUUUACGAGGGAGAUAUGAAUGUAACUAACGCAUUAAAGGCUGAACUUCAAUUAUCCGACUGGCAUUUAAUGGUGCUUCACUAUUUGGGUCUAGAUCAUAUUGGGCAUGUCGAAGGCUCACAUAGCGAUAACAUCUAUAAAAAACUAUUAGAAAUGGACAAUAAUAUAAAAUAUGUUGCGACAAGUGAGCACUCUAAGAAAAGUCUGCUACUAGUAACAGGCGACCAUGGUAUGCGUAACGGCGGCAGCCAUGGUGGCAGUGAUAAAGAAGAAUUAUAUGUUCCGUUAAUGGGAUUCCAUGAUAAUUGUGAUAAACAGAAAAGGCCAUAUUCUGAAUAUAAUCAAAUCGAUAUGACUGCUACAUUAGCCGUACUGUUAGAUGUGAAGAUACCACACACCUCAAUAGGGUCUUUAAUACCUGAACUUUUGGAAAGUUAUUCGAAAGAAGAGCAAUUGUAUUUGUUUUAUUACAAUACAUUGCAUUUGAUGGAGAAAUGGAAAGCUGCAUUCAACUUACCUGAUGCACAAUUUGAAGAUUAUUUCUCCUGGUAUACGGAGGCCAAGAUGAGUCAUAAGGAAUUUAUUGCCAGUAAAGGAACAAGUUUCUUGUCAUACGAAAAAGCUAAACAGAAUUAUAUACGUCUAUCAAAAAAUAUUUCACAAUUACUUUCUGAAUCUUUGGUUCGAUAUGAUAUCCCACUAAUAAUUAUUGCUUUGUCUCUAACAACAUUGUGUGCAUUAAAGUUAAUAACGAAUGUACUUUUUGGCAUCGUCCAGACUUCAUUGGAAGUCAAUCAGUUUUUAUGGAAAACAUUUUUAAUGUGUUUUUCUCUCGCCGGUUGCAUUAAUAUUCUUGCACAUUUCUUCGACGUUUUAAAUACACAAAACUUUGUAAAUUCGUUUCUAGUCACUUUUCCAAUAGCACUAAGUAUUUAUUUCGCAUUAGAUGUUUUCAAAUUAAUUUUUACUUUAAUCGUACCUCCUUUGACUCACAAUCGCAAAGUGGUCUUUAGACUGAGUAUACCAUUAGUUUUACUUUCAUUGUUCUUAUGUCACACUGUGUCUUUGGCAUCAUCGUCACUCAUCGAGGAAGAACAUCAAACAUGGUAUUAUUUUACACCUUCUUUGUUGGUGUUUCUAACGUUGCAAAAUUUUUACAAAAACGUAAAAGGAGUUUGGCAACAGCAUAAAUCGAUCGAAAUAUUAUGGAAUGAAUUUUGGAAAAUGCGUUUUGUUUUUAUUGUAAUGCUGUCCAUAAUUAUAUGUCGACGUCUUAAUCAAACCGGUGACAAAUGGAGGCAUUUAGUCGACCUUGGAGAUAUUUUGACAAGAAGCGAAAAUCAUGUUUAUUUAACUUUAACUCUUCUAGCAGGUCUAGUAUUGUUAUUGUUAUUACUCCAAAAACACCAUUCACCUUUGGAGAUAUUUUUUUGCUUUAUAGCUUUAUCCUGCGUUUUCUUGUAUCGGCAAACGAAGCAGCAUUCGUUCAUAGUUUUAAUAUUAUUUUGGACAAGUGUUAUUUGCACUGCAUUUAGACACUACCGCGAUAUUUUUUGUAAACGUAAAAAUUAUGGAUACGAAAUUAAAGGAAAUCUAGUGGAGUUGUUGAAGACAAAUUUGACGUGUAGUUUUUUGAUAUCAGCACUUUUACAUAAGCCACACAAUGUAAUUCUACUGCCCGCUUUGAUGUAUACCUUAGAAAAAUCCUAUAAUCUCUGUGAUAACCUGCACUUGAAAGACAAACGAGCUUAUAAUCGUUGUUAUGUGCUGGUCUUAAAGACUGUGAUAACCAUAUUUAUAUCAAAUAUGUUUUAUUUUUUCCAGGGAAAUUCAAAUAGUUUGUCAACUAUUGACUUGAAUCCUGGUUAUAUUGGUUUGUCGUCCUAUAACCCUUUUAUUGUCGGGUUUCUCAUUACAAUAAACACAUUCUGUGCUCCAAUCAAUGCAUUCCUGUACCUGAUGUGGCAUAUGUUUGCCACACAAAGAAACAUGCUACCCGUGCGUCAGGAGAAGGAACAAAUUUCCAAUAUGCAAUUAUUGGAAAGUACUGAAGAAGAUUUGCAUUUGGUUUACAGUUUAUUUGCCGCUACCACUAUCAUGCCGGUAGCUGUCUAUUGGUGUCUCCUUGUAGGUUUUCGGAACCAUUUAUUUAUAUAUUCAGUAUUUGCACCAAAAGCAUUCUAUGAAUGUUUUCACCUCUUAGUAUUUUAUAUAAAUUUUAUUGUAACAAAUUUGUACUUUAGGCUUUUUUUAAAAUAAACAAAAUAAAAUAUUUUUAAAUAUGUAA